CGGAUCCGAAGAUGUCGCCAUUUUCAAUUUUCAUUGUUCAGAAUUCCGACGACUUUCUCAUAAAUCUUUGGCUGCUCCAUCCAUCCCACUUUUCUUUGCUUUCAAUCGUUUUCAGGUGUGUGAGAAAUGACGGACGAGGUUGUUCUGUUGGAUUUCUGGCCCAGCAUGUUUGGGAUGAGGGUGAGGGUCGCGCUGGCUGAGAAGGGGAUCAACUACCAGUACAAGGAGCAGGACCUGAAGAACAAGAACGAGCUGCUUCUCAAGAUGAACCCGGUUCACAAGAAGAUCCCGGUUCUCAUCCACAACGGUAAAGCGGUCUGUGAAUCCCUCGUCAUCGUUCAGUACAUUGACGAGGUCUGGAACGACAGGUCUCCGUUGCUGCCCUCUGAUCCUUACCAGAGAGCUCAAGCCAGGUUCUGGGCUGAUUUCGUUGAGCAGAAGGCGGUGUAUGCUGUUGGAAAGAAGUUGUUUUCCACAAAAGGAGAAGAGCAGGAGGCAGCAAAGAAGGAAUUCUUGGAAAUAUAUAAGACAUUGGAGAGAGAGCUUGGUGACAAGCCUUACUUUGGGGGUGAAACAUUUGGGUUUGUCGACAUUGCUCUCAUCACAUUCUACAGCUGGUUCUAUGUGUUUGAGACUUUUGGAAAAUUCAGCAUGGAGGCAGAGUGCCCCAAGAUCAUUGCAUGGGCUAAGAGGUGCCUGCAGAAGGAGAGUGUCGCCAAGUCUCUUCCUGACCAGAAGAAGGUUUAUGAGCUUGCCUUGGAGUUGUUUGGACUAAAGUAAUGGUAGUCGUGUUUGUCGUUUGAAGUUGUUGGAUUGUGUUGUUAUCGUGCACAAUGAUGAAUAAUAUGGAAUUGAAAAGCAUGUUGUAUGGUGUGUGUCCUAAGUGAUAUCUCAGAAGAGCAUGUUUUAUAUUAAA